GCUGCUCUGAGAGCUCCCUGCCACAGGUGGGGAAGAUUGGCUGUUCCUUCCCCUCUGACCUUGUCCAAAUUCCAGCCUUGUGCUGCAUCUCAAACUGCCCACUGGCCCUGGGACUCACCACUCUAUUGCCAAAGAGGUGGAACUUGCUGCUGGGUACUGUCUUGCCAGACUGUGCUUUGCCAAACCUCUAAAUUUGCUCACUGAAGGGGAAUGUAUGAGGUAGGACAGUGGGUGGGCUUGGGGAGGGCAGGCAGCCUCUGGGUCUGAGAGGUGUAGGAUGUUUCCCCUUUGCUCUCUAGGGAGCUGUAAAUUCAACUUAGGACACAGUACAUAAGUUCAGCUUCAGAAUAAAUUCUCUUGUGCAACAUCAGCUUCACUCUGCCCAGGAAAACUCAAUUAUUUUAAAUAACAGGUUAAGUUCUGCGUAGAACUAGUUUAUGGUGGAGGCUGGAGACUGGAAGGAAUAAGUUAUCAGGGUCAGGAGGCUGUGGUUAUUCUUCCCGCAUUGGUCAGCCAGCCUUUAGAAAAUUCUUAUUUAAUGGGCAAGUGCUGCAUGAGGUAAGGACACUUUCCUGAAUGCUUGUCCAAGUAACUCCUAUAAAAGAAUAAUCUGGAGUGAAAGGCACUGAGUGCAGGGUAUCUUUCUCUGGUUAAAUCUUGAAUGGUUAUAGAUAAAGAACAGUAAUCACAGAAACUGUGCAAGCCUUCUUGUUUUGUUUGUUUGUUUUCAAACCGCUGGAGCAAACUCCCUGGUGUGUGUGUGUGUGUGUGUGUAUACACGUAUUUAAUAAAACUCACCACAAAGAUUUUUGGGAAUGAUAAAUACCAGUAGUGUUUGCCUGGUACAGUAAAACGUCAUGCUGUGUGACACGAUUAAUAUUAUUUAAUCUUAGAAAUGUAUGUCUGUAAGAAACAGCUGCAAAAAUACUUUCAUGAGAUUGUUUUUGUCUUUUAUACAAAAAUUCAUCCUACUGCUGUAUUUUUAUUAAAGUUGUAGGAUAUAAUGUUGUGUUUGUUUGGCUUGUGUAACAAAAUAUGAAUAUCUCGCUGAUGAUAGAAUUUAAUACGACAGUCUAACAGAAAGAUUAUUCAAGGGCCCAUUAGAUGAGAAUUCGAACUAUGCAGGGGAUGGAAGGUUUCAUGUUUGCAAUUGCCUUUGUAAAUUCUGAGGCUCACAUCUUCUAGAAACACUGCUGUCCAUUGUAAGUUUAUUUCUGCCGGGGCUCACUGCUCAAAACACAGUUUUAAGAUCCUUUACAAUUAAGAAUAAGCUUUUGAGAAUGGACUUCUGGUCUACUCUGGUCUGGGUUAUUAUGACUGCAUUUACUAACAUGGUGGGCUAAUAGGCUUUUAAAAAAGAUUACUGGAUACUGCUAUAAGGCAAGUGUGUGAUCUCUGAAUCUUUACCUGCUGGAAAGCAGAGAAAAACCUGUCAUGAAUGCAGUCAGAAAGUUCUUUCUCAUCAAGCAAAAUGUUAGCUGGAGAAGACACUGCUCCUUGUUUAGAAGAAUGACUUGUAAUGGAAAGGAGUGAUAGGAACUCAGAGCAGUUUCAUAGGUCUUGGAGGUUUUUGAUGAAGGCAAAUGUGGGUUUCAUGUUUAGUUGAAGAUGGCUUCGGCCCAUCUCCAGCUGCAGGAUAGUAGUUAGAAAGCUGAGUGUUUUGCUUCAUCUGUCUUUCGAGUGGUAUUUCUUGAAAAACAAGUUCAGAACUGGAUGCAGUUAGCAAGCUGGCAAGUGUUACUUUGUUUUUCAUUUUUUCUUCCCUUUUUUUUUUUUAAUUACUUAAUCAGUGGUUUUCAGUUGUUUUCAUGGCCUUUAAAAGUAGUUAUUGAGAAAAUGUUUGUUCUUCCAGGAAUAUUAAAGGUAGGGUUUGUUUUGGUUUUUAGCUGUUUAAAAAAGAAGUCUACGUAGUGAAUUUUAGCGUGCUGUGGUUUUGUUAACAGUUGUCAGUGCUCCUGAAAUUCAGUGUAGUUAGAGCUGGAACUUUAAUACUUCUGUUACAAAAAAUAAUGUAAUACGAACAUAUUUACAAACAUACAUUACUGUUUUCUUCAAAUUUUAUUUAAACAUUGGGAUGGGAUUCAGUAAAGGUACUGGAGAUACUGGAGCGUAAUGUCUGGUCUUAGAGUGUAGCCAGUGGAGCCUACUGAACAAUUGAGUUGACCAGCCAGCUGCUGAGCUGCUCUCUGGUUCCCUGGGUGCUGCUCAGAGUGACAGUCCUGCUGCCCCUCCCACUGACAGUGUUUUGCAGCUAUCCUUGUGUCAACACUGGCACUUCUAGCACUUCGCCACAAGUUGAGCUAAAUGGGCAGAAAACUAAUUUUAGAUGGAUAGGAAAGUGUUGGUGGAGCUAGUCUGCAUUACCUUUCAGCUGUAUCAGCAAUCUAGUCCAGCUCACUGCCCUCACAAAUAGGGGGAAAAAAAAAAGAUGAUCUUUGGCCUGUACAGAAAGGCAAGUGCAAAUUGUUCUCACAGCCUAGAGUUUAAAUAACUCUUUCAUCCUCCUUUCACGCUUUCCUUACUCAGAUUUUUUUAAGGUGCACCCUUUUCAUUUGAAUAAGUUACUGAGGUUUUCUUUAUUGUUGAGUGUUCUUUCUAUGCUUUUGUUGGUGUUAUUUUGGGGGGGAAUUUUGAAGAAUUGACAGUAUCAAUGAAGUGCCUGGUUUUGGUUUUUUAUUUCUCCUUUAAUUACAUCUUAGAGUUCCUUUCAUACCUUUACGUGUUACUUUUUUCUCAUGGAAACAUUCUGUACACUCUUUUUUCUUUAAUAUAGGGGAAAGUUUUCCACAUAUUCUGGAAAAGUAAUAUAAGGUUUCUUACUUCAUUUUGCUCAUCUUUAAAAAAACUCUUCCAAUGUUAACAUCUUGAGAUCAUGUAUGAUUGGUAUCACAUACUGAUUUACCACAGAAAUUGAGUUCUGAAAUUUUUACUUAUCAUCUUCUUUGAAGUGCUUUAUAUACUCCAAUGUCUUUUAGAAUAAGUUGACAGUUCAGAAAUCAUCCUUAGCCUAUGCUAACCUUUUAGCCUCUGAAUUUCCCUGUGUAACAGUAGAAUAUAUUUUUUGCAUCUGUCUUUUGUACAAAAACAGUCCUCUUUCUUUCUGAAUUUUUAGUAUGUCUUCAGUCUAGCAGCAGAGCUCUGUAUUUCUGGAGAUGAAAAUACUGCUUGUUUUUCUCUCUCUUUUUUUUCUUUUUUAACCUUACCUAUUGUUUGGAUUUUGCUUUUGAUGUUUUUUAACUUAUUUGGAAAGAUUGUGUAGGUGGCAGACUUACUGAGAGAAAGGAACGAAAGUGACUGAAGUAUGUAAUUCUGGGAGUGUUUGUGACAGUGGUGCAUUUGCUUUAACUGAAAGUUUGUACCUAUGACUAAUCACUGUUUAGUGUUUUUAGUUUAGUCUUAGAAUCAUGUAGAUUAGAAACCACUUGACUGCUGGUUGGAAUCAUGUAGAUUGGAACCUCCUGCCCAACCCAAGCUCAGCUAGAGCAGAUUGCUCAGGGCCUUGUUCCAUGUCCAUGAGUUGUCAGACUGACCUGGUUCGUUGCUUGGUCGCUCUUACAGUAAUAAAUAGAAAUAAAUCAAUUCUUAUAAUGGGUUUAGAUUUGCUUUGUUCCAGCUUGUGUCUGGUUCUUCCCAUCUUUCUGCUGUGCAUCUUUGAAGAGUCUGGUUUCAUGUUCUCUCUUCUUUCCAGUUAGGAGAUGGAAGACAGCAAAAGGGUCUAAUCUUCCCAUCCUCCAUCCCUGCCUCUUAUUUAUUUAUUUAUUUGUUUAUUUAUUGCUCUUUCAGUCUCUUCUUGUUUGAUAUUAUAUAUGUCCCUCUGGCCAUCUUGGUGGUGUUCUUCCAGACUUGCUGCAGUGUGUCAGUGUCUUUGAUAUACUGGAGAGCGCAAGACUGACUGCACUACCCUACUCACCCAUGUUCAGCUUCUCAGUUUAAACCCCCCAGAUCCUCUUGAAGAGCAGCUCCUAGCCAGUUGCCUCCAGUAUGCACUGCUGCGUGGGCUCAUUCCGUCCCUGAUUCAGGACUUACAUUUGGGAUCCCAGAUGCAUUUGCUUUUGUGGAACUUCGUAAGUUUUCUGUAAGCCCAUUUCUCCAGCCUGCAGGUCUCUCUGAAUAGCAGCCCUUGCUUCUAGUGUAUGAACCGUUUCCCCUAAUUUAAUAUCGUCUGCAAACCUGCAAAGUAAAUUUGGUCUUAUCAUCUAGAGUAUUAGCAAAGAAGCUAAAAGGUAUUGGUUCUGGUACUGAUGGCUGAGGCGUGCUAUCAGCUCAUUUGUACUGCUAGUCAUCAACCUUUUGACUCUUCUGGUUUCCCUUUGGUCCAACUCAUUUUUCACUCGCCUUAUCAUUGACUUAUACCACAUCUCUCCAGUCCAGAUAUAAGGUCCCCAGGGGAGGCCAUGUGAAAAGCCCUCCUACAGUCAAGGAAUGCAUAGAAUGCAGUCAGAUAAGUUGGGCAUAGUUGGUCCUUAGUGAAUCCACAUUCACUUUCUUGUCCUUGUGGAGUUUUUUUCCUGCAGAAUAUAAUCCAUAACAUUUUCCAGAGUAGAGGUGAGAAAGACUAGCCUGUAGUUCUCCAGGUUGUCACUGUUGCUUAUCUUGAAGAAGGAGAUGAUGUUUUUCCAGUCAUGGGAAACCUCUCUCAGUUGCCAUAACCUUUUGAAGUUAACAGGAAGUGGCCUAGCAGUGAUAUUGGCAAGCUUCCUCAAUGCAGUCAGUGCUGUCAGUCUCUUGUCUGGUCCUGUGGACUUCAGCAUGUAUAGUUGACUUAAUUGUAUGUUAAUCAUAUUUUCCUUGACAGUAUAUUCCACUAGUAGCAUUGAGGAACCUGGCUGUUGGAGGACAGAACUUAGCAGAGACAUUUGGAGGAGCUGAAAAAAAAAAAGGCUUGAGUUCAUCAGUCUUUUCAGUGACUCUUGUAACUAGGUGCCUUGUUCCCUUUCUCAGUGAGUAACGAGCCCACCUUUUCCUUAGCGUUCUUUCAUCUGCUGAUGUAAUUGAAGAGGCUCUUUUGAAGUACCGUGUUGUUUUCUGAUGCUAUCGUAAGGGCAGCAUCCUUGUGUGAUGCCUGUACUUCUCUGCUGGGAGUAGAAAGGAAACGUUAAUUGUCUGUUGUAUGGUUACCACUGCUGUCUUACCAGAAAAGCCAUCAAAGAGGUUGUUAAGAAAACAUUUUAUGUAUUUCUAAGCUAUUGUACUUUGUUUGUCCUUGUUGUCAGUACUUCUCUGAAAAUGUUAGGCUGUUUGGUGACUGAUCAUACUGCAGCAGUACUGCGUUCAUUAUGCCAGUCAUUCUACAUAAUACUGUGUAGUGUAAGGAACACAAUGUGUAUGAAAAUCGAGUGGGGAAAAAACCUUUUCUCAGGAUACGCAGGUGCUUUUCCAUUUCUCGGCUGUGUACUUCUUGUAAAUGCUUUUUUGUUGUGUGUUUUUUUGUUUUUGUUUUUUUAAUCUGGAAGUGGAUUCUCUUUUAUUUUUGGUUUUCUGUUGAAAUACCAUUCUUAGAACUUCGUGGGUUUUUUUCAUUAGGUAGCUGAGAAGUUAAUUGCCUUCACAUGGAACAGAAUGUCCAUACUUGUAUCCUUUACGUAUUUAUCACACAGCUCUGCCAUUGAGCUCUGUACUAAAUGGAGCAUCCCACUAUCUCACUUACUAUCGAUUUAUAAUCACUGUCUACUACUGGAAAUAAAUUUUUUUUUUUUUUUUUUUUUUGGCAUCUGCAGACAAUUUAGGGAGAGGAGAGGUGAAGCAUCUUUUAAACAAUAGAUCUCUGAAUGCUUAGCUAUAAAUUCAGGCUAGACUGUGGUUCCGUGCGGAUUUUUUUUGGUUUCAUAAGUGCCUAAAAGAGUCUCUGGUUCUGGAUGCUUCUUUCCUCUACUGUGCAGUUACAGCUGUGCUGUGGUAGUGUGGUUGAGCAGGUGGGAACUGUGCUGCCAUAUGCAGGGUGCAGGACGGGAGCGAGGAGCCCCAGCUUCUAGGAAGUGAGGGUGUGCAUAAAACUGUUCAUGCAGUGCUUACUAUGGAGUAUGAAAAUGCACCCUCGCUGUGGUUAAACAGUUAACCUGUUAGAGCUGAUCAUAUUGAACCUGGAAGAUAAAAAGCUAGUUUGCAUAGAAGUCUGAAGAAGCCUGUCUGAUAGAAUACUUAAACAACAGGGAAAGAAACACAAUUAAAAAUGAUUCCUGCGUCAGAUUUUUAUGAGUACUUGUACCUUCUUAUCAAUAUAUGCAGUGACUACAUGAACAAUGAAUUGGAGAGCUCAAAAGUACUCUUUUUAAUUUACUUAAAUAUGAGUCUAGAUGAAGAGAAUGAGUCUUGAGUGCACUGAAAUUAAUUGGUAUUUUUUUUUUCUUUUGUUGAAUGUUACAGUGUCUGCUGUUCGCAGUUGUGAUGGUCUGAGCAUUUGUAAGAUAAGGUUUGCAUUAUUUAGACCAGUGUAACUGGGAAGAAGUAUGGAAAUUUCAGGUUCUUCUGGAACAAGUCCUUAGACCUGAAUGAAACAUUUGGUUGGUUUAGGUUUAUGUUCUGGGUGUUUCUUGGAUGCACAAAAAUAGAUGUGAUCUCAGCAGAUUAAAGACCUGUAAAGUGCCUCUUUGUGCUGUAGUAGAAAUGUUGCAGUUUCUAUUGACGCAUUCAGGAGGUGGUGGGAAGUUUUUUGGGCAAUCUGUUGAUAGUCAGGAAAAAGUUACUGUAUGAAAAAAGUUAAAGGUAUUCUUCAUAUGACCAAUAAGCACACGUGGCAUCAAAUUUAGAACAAUAAAAAAUAAAAAGGUGCGUUGUUCUGGUAAGCCAUAAUAUAGAUUCAUAUGGAGUGAUUGGUCCUAGACCACAGAGCAUAGGACUUAAAAACAAGUCUUCCCAGAUGCCAUCUCCUGUUGCACUUCACUAAAUACUCCUCACUUUCCUGUGGUAGACGGGCAGAUUUUUAUUUAUUUAUUUUUUUUCAUAAUGAAUAACUCUGUCAUAGAGAUCCAUUGUGAACAUUUUUCCCACUCAAGUUCAGGAAUAACCUUAAUAAUUUUAGGAGGUUUUUCACUCAUAGAGUGGUGAUGCACUGGAACAGGUUGCCCAAGGAGGUUGUGGAUGCCCCAUCCCUGGAGGCAUUCAAGGCCAGGCUGGAUGUGGCUCUGGGCAGCCUGGUCUGAUGGUUGGCAACACUGCACAUAGCAGGGGGGUUGAAACAUGAUGAUUAUUGUGAUCCUUUUCAACGCAGGCCAUUCUAUGAUUCUAUGAAUAACACUAUUAAAUGAUGGAAAUUCCUGCUAAAGGAGUUUGCAAAGCACUGUCAACAUUCAGUGAUUUAAAGAUGUUAAUCUGCUUUCUACCAUUCAUCCUAAAAAUGCGCUUUGAUUUUGGUCAUUCCAAAUGUGAACUGAAUAAAUUUUACACAAAAUGGGUGGCUUUGGGAUGUACCUGUAUGGAAUCAGAUUCCAAGUGGCAAUACAUUUCUAGAUUGAUAUUUUUGGUAGAGCCAAGAUAAAUAAACAUGUGCAAAUUUCUUCUGGAGGGAGGGAGUUCUGUGCAGUGAGAUGGAUUGUCUCAAAAUAAGACUAGAACCAGUCUAUUGACACCUAAAAGGUGGGGAGAGGCUGAUAAAAGUGAAGCAGCACGUGGUUUGAUGUAAUGUACAUUUAGUAGAAAAAAAAAUAUUCUCUACUGAAGCUGCUAAAGCUCAAAUAAGAAUCCAAGAAAAACGUGCAAGUAGUUUGAUUUAAACUGAAGAAAGACACACAAAAAAUCCUAAAAUAAAAGUAUUUGCCUUACUUGUUUGAAAGAGCUUAGAGAAAUAGUUCAGGUAGAAUGAGAGAGUUGGAAGCUGGCAGAGUGAACUUACUUGAAAUGAGAUGAAAGGAAUAUAAUGAGAGAGACAUUGUGACAAAUGGAGACUGAAGGGUACUAAUGGGGAAUAGUGUUGGUUGAAGAAGUACCAUGUAUUCCAGGACACCUUCAAGUCAGAUCAUACUUAAAUGGCUCAAAAAAUGAUACGAACUCUAGGUGGAUUCAAGGACUGUAAAAGAAAAUGUAAUUAGUCAGAUGUAAUUGGAUAGAUUACCUGACCAGGAUGAUGAUAACUGUAACCUGUUGGAGAUCUAAAAGCUGUGGAAAUAGCAGACAGAAACACUGAGGAAAAUCUUGGUGAAGUGCUACCUUCUAAAAGAAAUCCAACGAGAAAUCCAAUGUGGCAGUCAAAACAAACAAACAAACAAAAAAAACCCACUUCUGAAUAAUUCCCAACAAGCAUAAAAACUAAUGGUGAGUUUUUGUUCAAGCCCAUCAGAAGAUUUUCUGGAGUAUUUGUAGGGUCUGUAGACAACUGAGUUAUAAAAAGAGGCUUUGGAGAACAUGAGAUGAAAACUGACAAACAAUUGAUUGCACCCACUUUGACAACACUUACAGAGGUCUUAAUGCCAUAAUUUUUCUUACAUUUAUAUCUCAAAAUGAAGCAUCAGUAGAAGAAAAGAUACAUGAGACAAGCAAUAGGUGAGGAUGAAAUAGCAUUCAUCCAGGUGUUUUAAGAGGAACUUGGUGAUAAAGGAGCAAAUGACUGUUGCCUGAUACUUGUUUGUUAGGAUUGUCUUUCUACUACAAGUAGGGAAGGUAUCUAGUAUGAUACCGGCUUUUUGAUAGGUCAGUGGAGUAGCUGAGCAACUCUUCAUUGGUGAGCUUUGUGACUGCAUAACUCAAGUUUAUAGAAAUGUUAAUGAAGACCAAGAUUAACUUGGUUAUUCCUUCUCUGAUGUUCUUUACUACAUCCUUUUGAAAAUGUGAAGUUUCCUCUAGAUAAAAAGGAAAGUAUUACAAAUAACAACUGGCAACAGAUCACUGGAGACGGCAGAAGUGGUUCAUUUUGUUAACAGUAGGAAUGACCGGUUGAAUUCCACAAGGAUUUGUGAUAACACGGAUGCAGAUAGAAGAAAAAAGUUUGACAGCGAAGUAACAAAAGCAAGUAGAUGCUGCAAGCAUUAGUUGGCUUUGGAUAGAUCACAGUCCAAGAGAGAUGGAGGUUUUAAAAAUAAUUGGAGCUUUGAUCAUGCAGAAGAAAGUGAAGGAGAUGCAGAGAAAGAUGAGGCGAAUCUGCUCAGCAUAGAUGACAGUGAUGGGCCCUUCAGUCCAAAUGAAGAAAGAAAGUCCUUUCGUUGUCGGCCUGGAGCUGUCGGCAUCAGUGGUGAUUCCAUAAAAACGUACGCGAGGCGAGGCAAAGCUACAAGCUUGAGACCUUUUAAAGGGAAUGCAAUUGGCCUCAACAUGAUGGGAAAUAGUAAGAAACUGAGUGAAAAUGCUCAGAAUGUGUCUUGUCCUGUAACUGUGGUACAUGGUAGACGCUUUCACCAUGCGCAUGCACAGACAACAGUAGUAAAAACAGCAGCCCAAAGCAAUCUGGACCGAAAGGAAAGAAAAGAAUAUCCUCCUCAGCUUCAGAAAGUAGAAGCGGACCACAUUAGGUUACCACGGCCUCAAGGACUGGACAAUGUAAUGGAAAACACAGAAGAGUCAGAAUCAGAAUCUGAAUCUGAAAUUAAGAGAAAAGUGCAACAAAAACGUCACUGCAACUCAUUUCAAUCUGACUUGUCACUGUCUUCUGCAAAAAAAGGCUUGACCCAGUUGAAGCUUUUGGAACCAAUUGAGUACUCUACUGAUUGCCCAAAUUGUGGGCGGGCAAAUGAAAACCAGACCAAGUGUCGACAUUGUGAAAAUGUUUCUCUUAAGGAUUUGCAAAGAGUCUCCAGACAAGCUGGAACAUUAAGUGAAUCUGUGGGACCUUUAUCACGUUCUUCAAUACAUCAGAACUCAGCGGGGCAAAAAUCUUCAGGUACAGGGUUCAACACAAAGAAGUUUUAUAGUUCUGCUGUUGGGAAAGGUCCAGCAGAUAUUCUACUGAGUAACGAAGUUGUAGGACAUUCUCUGUUGCGACAGAAUGGAAAAGUUGGUCUUCUAGCUGGGACAAAAAAUGCUAAAAUUACUGGAAACUUAAGACAGAGAAAUACAAGACCAUCAGAACUAAAUGAUCCAAUUGUUUUAUCUAGUGAUGAUGAUGAUGAGGAGGAUAGUGGCAGCACUAGGAGAAUGGAAAGCAUUUCACCUCGUCCUGCAGAUUCAGCCCGCUCCUCCCCAGCUCCUUCUACAGGAAAGGUGGAAGCAGCAUUAAAGGAAAACAGUUGUGGAAUAGAACAGAGAAUAGGUAGUAUUACAACAGAUACAGAAAUUGCAGUCACACUACCAAGAAAAGCAAGAAUGAAAGAUCAGUUUGGCAACAUUGUGUCUAACACUCCAAUAAAACGUCGUAAACUGAUUUCUCAAGAAAUUGUAACUGAGGCUGUGCCACCUCUAAAUUAUCAAAAUUCGUGUGAAAGUGUCAUUCUGAACUGUCGAAGUAUACGAAUAGGAACCCUACGAAGAAUGGUAGUGGAACCAGUGAUUUUUUGCCUGGACUAUAUCAAAAUACGCUUAGAAAGUCAAGAAGAAUCAGACAGUGAUGUCCGAGAGAUAAACCUGAAAACUUCAGAACUUACCAAAUGUGAAUGGUGUAGUGUCAGAAAAUUGCCAGUGGUUUUUCUACAAACAGUACCAUCAACCUGUAGCAGCCUGAGAGACCAGCUGAAAAUGAGUAAAGAUAAUGUCUGGUACGAAUGUAAAGGAGACAGUCAAGAAGAACAGUAUAUCAUUUUGAUUUUUGAAACUGGCCUUGAUCCUCAUGCAAACUCAAUAUUUGAAAAAAUAAUCACUGACAUUGGUAUUAGAAAUAAUAUUUCUGACUUCUUCGUGAAAAUUUCUUUUGAGGAAGCCAAUGGCAGACUCGUUGCAUUUACUAAAUGCUUGGAAGACAAUUCCAAAGGAAGCCCUUCUCAUAGAGAAAACAAAAUUAAAAAUGUUGCUCCUGACUCCAAAGUGCAGCAGCGAAAUAAACAGUUACCAUAUUUUGAUGAUGAAGAAGAAAUUGGAGAACCACAUACAGUAUUUAUUGGUCCCAUAGAAAAGCUGAUAGUUUACCCACCUCCUCCAGCUAAAGGUGGUAUUUCUGUGACCAAUGAAGACCUCCACUGUCUAAAUGAAGGAGAAUUUUUAAAUGAUGUUAUUAUUGAUUUUUAUUUAAAGUAUUUGGUACUUGAGAAACUGAAAAAAGAAGACGCUGAUAGAAUACAUGUGUUCAGUUCGUUCUUCUAUAAACGCCUUAAUCAAAGAGAAAGAAGAAAUAUUCAUGAAACUUCAAACCUCUCAAUACAACAAAAACGACAUGGGCGAGUAAAAACGUGGACACGUCACGUUGACAUUUUUGAGAAAGAUUUCAUUUUUGUUCCUCUUAAUGAAGCUGCCCACUGGUUUUUGGCUGUAAUCUGUUUUCCUGGCUUAGAGAAACCCAAAUAUGAACCAAAUCCCCACUACCAUGAAAAUGCUGCAACACAGAUAAAAUCUUCCUCUUCCGAUGGAGAGAGCAACACACCAUCUCCUUUGCCAAAUGAGUUGGAUACACAAAACUCGCCUUCUAAAUCCACAGCAAAGAAGACAUUGACCAAAAAAUAUAAUACAGCUUUAACUGAUUCAAACACUGAAACGCAGGACAGUGAGUCUUCAUGUUGUAGAAGAAGUCCUUGUAGGGUAAAAAGUGGUUUCAAGAAACUAAAUCAAAUAGACGGUGAUGUGGAAGAACCUAAUACUGUUGAAUCAGCAUGCCAUAGACUGGACCAUAGGACUCCUGAUGAAAAUGGUAUACAGGGUGAAUUCACAACUGCUAGCCAAUCUAUGGAUGGAUUGCACAAAAUCAGGCUAAACUACAGUGAAGACUCUGCUGAUGGUGGUAAACUAAAUGAAGAUGAGCUUAUAGAUUUUUCUGAAGACCAAGAUAACCAGGAAGACAGUAGUGAUGAUGGUGGCCUUCUUGAUGACAGCUGUAAUUCAGAAAUGGGACAGUGGCACCUAAAGCCUACUAUCUGCAAACAGCCCUGCAUUUUGCUUAUGGACUCACUGAGAGGCCCUUCCCGGUCAAAUGUCGUGAAAACACUAAGGGAGUAUUUAGAGGUAGAAUGGGAAGUCAGGAAAGGCAAUAAAAGAAGCUUUUCCAAAGACGUCGUGAAAGGUUCCAACCCCAAAGUGCCGCAACAAAACAACUUCAGUGAUUGUGGAGUGUACGUACUGCAGUAUGUAGAGAGCUUUUUUGAGAAUCCUAUUCUGAGUUUUGAGCUACCAAUGAACUUAACAGACUGGUUUCCACGCCCACGAAUGAAAACCAAAAGAGAAGAAAUACGAAAAAUCAUCCUGAAGCUGCAGGAACAGCAGAACAAAGACAAGAAGGGACAGAAGGACCCAGCUUCGGCAGAAAGAUCUUUGCAGGAAAAAACAGAACAACUUCUCAACAGCAGCUCAGACUGAAUGUUGUAUCUGUUGCAUGUUAGCUCCACAAUCAAAACUGAAAUAUGCGUUUGUCUGCCCAGACUAAAUAAAGAUUUGGCGUAUUCUCUGCUCAAAGUUACUUGGGAAUGUUUAAUGCCUGUAUAAAUGUGUGUCAUAAAAUGAUUUAAUUUCCACAAAGAUGUGUAUUAAGUAAGCAAGUCUGUACAUAUGUUAAUGAGGCCAACUUUUUCAGCAUUUGUAAUUACUUUUUUCCACUUGUUAGGGAGCUUUUGUUAUGUAUUUCUGUUAAUAGAACUUAAAUAGCAACUUCUAAACAUAAAGCAAAUAAAGAAAAUAUUUAUAGGAUAAAAUGGUUAACUUUUUCUUUUUCAGUAAAGCUGUAAUGUUACAGGCUUACGUAACACGUAGCGAAUGAUUUGGUAGAAAGAUAAUUCAUAUUUUGACCCUGUUUAGUUGCCCUUUACAAGAUUAUUCUGCUUGCGCUACAAACAAUAAUAUGGGUAAGUGUCUCAGUGUACCAUGGCCUCAGAGAGGGUGGCUCCCAUCCUCGAAGUAUCUAAGUGUAGGCAGUGUAAUAGUUAAUAGGACUGCUUCAGAUUUGGGAUUUUAAAAGAUACGCGUUGCAAUUAAAAUUCCACACUUGCUUUAGUGGGACGGGCUAGGGGAAGGGGGAGAAUGCUCUUUGACCAGAGAUUACUAUUCAAACAGUAUUAUAAAAGUGGUUUCAAUGAAGUGAUCUUGAGUGAUACUAUUAAAUCAUAUUUUGUGGAUCCCAAUUGUUGUACAGGUGUAUUUUGAGACUUUCUUCAUUAUAAAAUUGUAUUUUGGUAAGUGUACUUGGAAUAGCAGAUUGCCCACAUUACAUUUUCUAUGUUACAAUUCUGAAUGUUACAUUCAUAUGUGCUUUAUCUAAGUAAUGAACAUUUAAAAAAAAAAAAAGUGUAUGAUUACUAUUUUUUGUAAUAUCCACACACACACACACACACACACACACACACACACAUACACAUACACACACACACAAAAACACAAACCAAAAGACCAGUGUUCAUUGCUUGCUUGUUUGUCCUUGGCUUUAGGUAGCAUCAGACUAAUGCUGGGAUUUGGUUGGAUAUUUCCGGUGCGUUUUGAUUUUAAAAUAGUUUAAAAUGCCAUUGUUGGCUGACAGUGCAAACAGCCUUUUACCUUGUUAAAAAGGCUUUGGUAUUCAAACGAGUAAGAUAAGAAGUGGCUUUUACAAGGAGAUGUACAUCCAGUCUGCUGCUAGUUUAGAUGUCUUUGAAGCGAGCUGGAAGCUGUCCCUUUCUGGGACGGAGUCUCUCACGGGUGGAGAGGGGCCUUCUGUUCUUCCUUGGACACAGUGUUUUCUCUUCUGGUUCUUCUACUGGGAGUGUAAUUUGUAAUUGCCUUCUCCCCAGCAGAUGCAGCAGAGACUUCCUUAACUGAACUGUGUAACCCAAGACCAGUUUUUAUACACGAGAUCAAGUGUACUUGAGGCCCCAGUACUUGAGGUUUCUCCAUGACUUUCCAUUCUCCCUGAACCCUGAAAACAUGGCUGCUAAUGACAACACUGCCAGGGCAUUUCUAAAACUGAGUUAACUCACUGGGGCGGUGAUUGCACAUAGAGCAAUACACCCGUGGGCUGUUAACUUUUUGCACAGGUGACCCAUGGGAUCCGGGGAGGACUUAUUCAUUCCCUCAUCUCUUCUUACGCAGAUUCUGGUCCCUAUACGUAUGUAAGCACCGCAUAUCUCUUACAGAUGACUCCUACGUGGGUUUCUUGUUCAAAUUAUGUGGGAGCAGUCUUCUGGUUUACAAAUUAAAUGUGUAAGGGACAUGUGUAGGAGUUCUUUCCUCCAUGGAACUAGUCUACUAUUCUUGCCGUAAAAACUAAAUAAAGGAAAUAAGUACUGAAAUAACUUCA